AUGUCCAUGAGCGAAGCUGAAAAUGCCUACCAAAAGGGGGUUCAGAUGCUUUUGGAGUGCAAGAAUCCUUCACUAGGUGAUCCUUCAGCUUUAAAGCUAAUAGCGAGCGCCGCGAAGGCGGGACACACUAAAGCUCUCGAAGCAGUGGCUACCGCAUCCGCUCUUGGUUGGGGUGGUCUACCUCUAUCCAUAAACAAGGCUGUAGAACAGUUUCGGCGUCUAGCAGAGGAAGGCAAUCCACGAGGCCAACUGGGCUUAGGUAUUCUACACGCUGCUGGCAUUGAAGUCAAUGUCUUUGCUUCUCCUGUUGUGAGGAAUUUAGACGAUUUCGUCCCAGAUGAAAUUGCGCUUUCUCUGUGCCAUAAAUAUGUCGCAAAUAAUGAAUAG